AUGAUGUCCACCGUGUGUCCGGGACGGUGCCUUGCGCACGAGAUAGUACACUGUGAGGAAAACUUUGGAGCAUCUACCACAUCCCUUGCCGUCAUCUUCUUCAUCCUCCUCCUCCUCCUCCUCCUUUUCCUCCUCCUCCUCCUCCACCACCACCACCACCACGAUGAAGCGUAUAUCGAAGACGAUCCGGUUGAUUUGAGUCUUUUAGUCCUAUUUCGCACGAUGCUGACGGCUGAGCCUGGUUCUUGUGACUAAACAGCACGUCUACGCCCGCCGCACACGGUCCGGUGCCACAGAAUGUAACAGGCUUCCACAAUGGGCCGCUGGGAGCACACACGCGUUAGAGUACCGCAAAGGCUACAUUGAUACGGAGCCACUGAGUCUGACCGCCUGGGCUAGCUGGGUACUUGGCAUUCUUCCCAACCACGACUUGUAACGCGUCAUGAUGGAUUCCAGCACGUCAGAUUUAUUAUAGUAAGGAAUGCGCCGGUGUGCCGUGGGAAUGGAUGUCCCCGUGUCGAACUCACACUCACUUUUCUCCCAGUCCACUGCCCGAGCCUGUCCCAUAUUCCUGUCAAAUGUUGAUGGAAAUGAAUGCUGCGACACUAAAGCUAGUGACAGGGUCCAAUACUGCAAGAUGUCCCACCAGUGGUAAGUCCAACAGUAACAAUAUUGGGCAAGGAUAGGUAGUGUAACCCCACUAGGCUUAAUAUGUAUAACUGACUGCCGCAGUUGUUUUGGUAGACCUUGAGUAGUUUAUCAACUCGUAACUACACGAAGUCUCCCUUUGAGUGUUACCCGGCGAGUUGUUUUAGUAUGACCUUUUUAGUGAUAGAUUAUUGAGCAUGAGGUGGCCUUCGGUUUUUGCUCCCCCACUCGGUGAUCCGUUGUGUCUUACCUUGAUCUCCUAUUUUUCCAAAUGUACUUACACUGGCGUUCAUUGUCGAUUCCGUACACCGCGACUUACUUAUUUUCUCCAAAAACAACAAUUGAAACUUUUCGUGCCUUUUCGGUACUGACCAUACAACACGUGUUGUAAGGAUCGCCGGCUGCAUGUUCGUUUACUUCCCCUCUGUUAGAACACAAACGCUUGGCCUACUCGACAUCUCCACACACUCUCUGUUGUCGAAGGCGAACGCCGUGACUUAUUUACUUCUUCAAGAAUAUUUGUGUGUAAUCCUUCGCACAAACAAUAGAAAGCCGGUUAAAGUUGGUUGAUUUUAUGUACAAAAAUUUACUUACAAGUGGUCGUUAAAUCGCCUUCAGGAAGGAGCCCUCUAGGUUCCCAGUUCGGUAAGCUGUUGAACCGUACAUUCUUCUGGAAUAUGGGACAGGAAUAUUUCCCACGCUCCUUGAAAAAAAUUUACGAGUAUACCUCGAUUUUCCGACGAGCCUUCUCCUUUUAUUAUAUCGCCUCGGAAUGCAUACUACCUUCGUUACUCAUAUAUAUACAUAUAUUAUUUUCCCUAAGUUGCAUGACUAUGCAGAUACAGACGUGCGAUCGUACUUAAGUUAUCUGACACUUCGUAUUCAUUAGGGUGUAUUUCGAUAGCUUCUCUAACAUCCGUGUGCAUCACGUUGCCUCGCAGUAAAUUUCCGCUGUUCCACUAUUUGGUAUGUACUGUUCUUCUUUCCUAUUGGUUGUUCAUUCUGUUGGUUCCUGGCCUGCUUCAAACUUGCAAGUAGUACUUUAUUCAGAUAGCUCUUAUUUUAUUAGGGUUGCUUUUUGUUUAUUUUUCAACUAACGCGCUCACCUCUGUCGUCAUAUCUAGGCGUAGGAGAAGAGUCUAAACGGAAAUGGGUGAGAUGUGGUUAUGUAACCCCAUCUGAUGGACACAAUGCUGUUGGGGUUGGGGUUAAGGUUAGAGAUUAGAGUUAGGGGUUAGGGUUAGGGCUAGGGGUUAGGGCAGCCAUUUUUCAACCACUCAAAGUACAACCGUACAUUCCCAAUAGCUUUUCUUUUGCGUACAUCUACUUGACCUCGUCUCCUGUGCUUUUCCCAACCCCACCUGUAAAAACCCCUAUUACCAUCGGUCCCGUAUUACAUGUGGCUGGGGUUCGUCUACCUCAGGUGGGGCUACAUAACCGCAUCUGGCUCGGAAUAUAUUUAUUUUUUGUCUCUUAUUGCAUUCCCUUCAUUAUCUCUCCGUGGUGAUACCUCACCCGUAAAAGUCUCAUUACCACAAUCCCUGUAUUACACGGGCCUGAUCGCGAGGUGGGGUUACACAACCCACCGCCGCCCAAUAUUUUUUUCAUUGCGAACCAGUGAUGGCAUGAUCAGUGCAAGAGACUCACAAAAUUUCUAAUCAUGGAAAAGUAUGCGCAGUAAGUAAAGUGUACUUCUAAUAACGACCGUCAUUACGUCAAACGUUAAUUUACGGACCUUCACGAAGUAGAGGGCAUACAGUAAACCGAAAAAACAAGCUCCUCAGUUAGCAAGCAGAGUGCCUUUUGGAAAUGCUGAACUUAAAAAAGGGUUUGGGGCAGUUUAAAGGCGAGCGUGAUUGGUGGCGGUUUUCUGGGCUAAAUAAACUAUCCCUCUGGGGGGCGAGAAGGAGCAUGCGCAGCAGCGGUCUGGUCUGCUGCCAAAAGCUCCCUGUCGCACAAGGCGGCAGCACAGUGGGAGGGAAGCCGAACAUACACCCCAGACGUGACGGUGGCCAUCACUAUUACUCUGUAGAUCGGAGAACAGUCUGCUGGCUAUGGCGCGAAUGGGGCAGCUAGCCCCGAUCCUCACCGGUUCAUUUAGAGUCAAGACGAGGGGGAGAGAUUUAGGGCUGUAGCACGCAAUGUCGGCGAAUUCAUUUACCAGCAAACUAUGUGGAGGGCUAUCAGUGCGAGUGGGACUAUCUGAAUGGAAAAAUGAGGCAUACAAAAAUGAACUCAUCUUAGGGAGAUAACCUUAAAUGCUGAGAGGACCAUUUUCAAUAAUUUUGGUAGGAAAGCGGAAAACAGCGGCUUAGAAGAACCGGGGUUAUUUUAAAUGCUGGUAAGGUAGGCGCCGAUGUUACUGUAAAUGAAAGGAACGUGUUCUAGGAAGUCAUGACAAAGGGGUGUUUGACAGUAAACAAAAGGGUAGUGCAGAGCUGAAAGAGAGGCUGUAAAUGCUGUAAAGUCGGGUCAGUGACGUGGGGGCGUCAACGAUUGAAGGAUGUGGACUAGAAUUAAUGCGGAAUUGUAAGCGAGGGCCUCGUUGAAAUAUUAAGUUCGGCAUGUUAGAAGCGCUUUUGAGUAAAAAAAAACCUAGUGAACAGGAAGCACAUUAUACAUUGCGUGACCGAUCUCAUGAAAUGUUGGCCAAAAUUCUGCAAUGCGUUUCAGGUUAGGAAGAAUUACGGAAGUGGGGUUGUUAUACUGAUUAUCAUGCAGCAUAAUCCAGUAAUAUUUCGGACUCAUCAGGAUGUUGGCUUUUGAAUGCACUCCUUUUUGACCUCCUGAAGAAACCACACUCGGUAAAAAAUGACUACUUAAGUGGCAUGCCUUUUACUACUGAUUUUCGAUGGUCUUAUAAAUUCAAAUACAUGUUAUAGAAAACAUUUGGUAGGAAAUCACAUUGUCCUCAUAUUUUAUGUCCGAAGAAAGUGUAUAUUUAGGUUUAAAAAAUUUAUAAUUAUCAGAUUUUUAAGACCGUGCGAUGUCCAUGCACGCAAGGCUGCACAUGUCCGUUUUAUAAUGCUCCUCAUGAAACGUACAACACAGUCCCGAUCCAUUGCAAAAUUUCAUGAACUCUAUGGGAUGUCUUCUUAAAAACAUAGAGGAAUAUAUGUACUUCCUUACGUGGAAAGCGUGCACUGAAAUUGUUAAACGCUGAUGCAAUGGCAGAUCAGGCUGAAGAUUAUUCGGGAAUUGGGGGACUUUUUGAAACCUAAAUACGCACUUUCUUCGGACAUAAGAUAUGAAGACAAUGUGAUUUACUUCCAAAUAAGCAAAAUAAAGAAUAUUCUUGUGCAUGUUUUCUAUGAAAUAUAUUUGAAUUUAUAAGACCAUCGAAAAUCAAUAGGAAAAUGCAUGCUACUUAAGUAGUCAUUUUUUACCGAGUGUGGUUUCUGCAGAAGGUCGAAAAGAAGUGAAUUCAAAAGUCGACGUCCCGGUGAGUCCGAAAUAUUAUAGGGUUAUGCUACAUGAUGACCAGUAUAACAAUUCCACUUCAGUCAUCCUUCUUAGACGGGAACGCAUUCCAGAAUUUUGGCCAACAUUUCAUGAGAUCGGUCAUUGUACCUGACAACAAAGGUACCAGUCAAAAGCCCAGACACUUGUUUCGCCGAUAUUUUGCCGCCACCUGACAAAGAGCCUGUGCUGUUAAGCAUGAUAUACCGUGUUGUCUGUCGGCAGUAUUACGCAGUUAUUCCACCAUGGCUAGUGGACUUCGGUCCAAAUAUUCAUAUCAAAUUUCGGUCUGAGCCUACAAGUCUCAAGCCGACUGAUUUACUCCAAGUUAGCGACUAAUUUCUGACGAAAUUAAAAAGCUGGAAACCCGUGAACAUGUUCGAUCUUAUUCGUGUGUUCCAUUAGAUCCAAAGAAGACCAACUGUAUUGACAGGGGAAAAACGCUAUGAGACAGUCAACCACAUUACAGUUCGACCGUCGUUGCCGAUGAUUUCCACCGUGUGCUCCACAGCGAUGUGAAGCAGGCACGCCGACUUGCGCAUGAUUCAGUUUAUAAUGCAUGUGGACUUGCGCUGCAUCUACCGCACUCUCUCUCUCCUCCCCACUUGGUCCGGUGCCAUAGUCAAGAAGACCGGAGUCUGGGGAAAGCGCAGGUGGGUGGCGCGGCCGAACCCGCACCUUAGCCGUCCGCUCCACACCGCCUGGUCCACACAACAAAUGACCAAGAUUUUAACCAACAACAACAACAACACCCCAACAGGGGUCAGAGGGUCGAGGGCGACUGGGCAUCCAUCUCCACCACCUGUGUACCCAGCGGGAGUGUAAGCGCAUCCACCGGAAAAUGCUCGCAUACCCUUAGGCCCAGAGUCAACCACAUACUACAGUGAUUUCAGUAGAAGUGUGAUCAAAGUGGGCAAACAGACUUUGUCCAUGAUUAACUAUCCUGAAGAAUGGUGGGACCAAGAAAUUUAGCAGGGUCGGAUUGCAGGAGACUGAACUUGAACGAAGAAUGUUUCAUCGGCCGAGUCAAACUCCAUUCUGAAAAGAAGAAAUGAGAUCCAAGUUAAUAUUUUCUGUGCAGAAACCUGAAAUGGCCUUAAAAAUAGAACAACCCCGUAGCAGUCCGCGCCUCCCUGCUCUCCGCCACUCUGUCAUGCUGCCUUCCUGUCAGCCCAACACUCCCUGGCGGUUCGCUGCUGGGACGCGCGAGGCCUGCCACUACCCUGGCGAGGGCUCGAGGCCAAUCAACGCUGUCCCUCCCCUGAUUGGCUGGCGGACACUGAGAGGGCGAAAGGCGCGCACACGCGCUGGGGUCUAAGCGCCUCAACGGCGGGCACAGACACAACUUUCCUCAGCAGUAAAAAUGCGUAACCCAAUCCUUCUUCCUGACUUCUGAUUGGGGAAUCUUUGUCUUGUCGACAAACCUACUUAAAGCAGUAGGGGUGAACGAAUGCUUCACUGACUGCUGCUGCUGCUGCCGCUGAUGGGACCCCGACGGGUCUCUAAUAAAAAAUUAUCUAUAUAUCUAUCUAUCUAAUGUGGUGAAAGAAUGGUAAUGAGCCUCCAAGCACACAACCCGUGAUCUAUCCAGGGGCUUAACGCUAAGAGCCAAUCACGACCCUUUGAUGACUUUCUGGUGAGUAUGAUUUAAUAAAUCAAGGAAGAAGCAAAAAAUGCCCCUCAUUUUUUUUCCAAAAGCCGUCUUCUCGGUGCCUUGUUUAAGGCUCCACUAACGACGAAGUAUGCAAUUAUUGCCUAGCGCUGUUCAUCCGGAAGAGAAAUGAUAAAUUUACGAAUAGGUCAGCAGUAAUGUUUGCAAGACCGUACUGAUAAGAAACUGUGCUUAGUUGAGCUGAUAAGCUGAUUGACCAGGCAGAAAACAGGCAUUUGAUCGCUACUCCGAUAACUGCUACUAUUGGACAGCGAAUGUAACUUACAAACAAGAAACACAAUGAAUUUCUUCCGUGUUUCAUAGAUGAAAUUGCUCGGAACAGAGAGUGAGAAUAAGUGGUUAAUCAGUCAAGGACAGUCGGACACAUUCUUGAUAAGUGCGUUUGAAAGACCAUCCGUUGAAGAAACGUGGGUUAUUUAGAAGUCCUAGUUGCUUUUUUCUGUGUUCAGAAGAGUCACCAAUACAAUUAAGAAAUAUGUAAAAUACAGACCUGUUUUCCCACCAACGGGCGAAAUCAAUAUUCCUCGGUUGUUGAUACCAACCAAAUGGGCCACGAAGUGGCCGCGUUAGUAGGACCUUUGGUCAAAGCUGUGUCCCUUGUUUACAGGCAUUUUAGCACACCAAAACAAAGUGCUUCGUGUCAGUGUAAAUUUAUCUAAAGACAAAUGAGAGGACGGAAUUGGGUUCGCACACGUAAACAUGGACCCCUCGUCGUACUACGGGUGGUCUCGCGUUAGGUUCGGGGGGAGAGGGUACCUAUUCCUGUGCCUGACGAACAACCUAACCCUGACCCAUCUAGCACCAGCUCCAACAGUAACCUUUAUAAUCUUAACCCUAACAUCCCCCUCUCCGGAAUUCAUGACAAGGCCACCUGUAAUACGGGGGUCCAUACUCCUGUGCCUCACCAGAAUCGCCUCAGACUCGUAAGUAAGACUUUUGCUAAAGAAAAUAUCGAAGAACUCUAAUUUCUAAGAAACAUCGGUGAUGAAGUUUUCAUUUUGACCUAGCACAGGGAAUUUUAAUGAGGAGGACCCACUAGGGCAUUGGUUUAUGAUGGAUUUCACAGCAUCCCGCUUGUGAGGCACAAGCGUCUCCUUUCGCUUACGCAUACCGAUCGCAACUUCGAAAAUACUUUGAAAAAACUGCGUGAUCCCUGGAUGGGCGGGUAAAGAGCUGGUGGUAACUUUAUCAACCUUUUCGAUCUAUUGGCGGGUCGGAGAGGGAUAGUAGAGGCAGAUCAGUUGCCUUUUGUGCUUCUGCGUGGUAGCCUCUGACGUGAAGUUACGAGGAAAGUCUACCUCAGUGCCGGGGAGGAGAUUGGGACAAACUACUUAUUGAAAUUUAAGUGAGUUCUGCUAAAAUGACAAGUGGGGGCUGUCAGUCGACUAAUGCAUGAUCACUUUCGAAAGAGUUGUACUGGAAGUCAAUAAAAAGGAAAACGGUUUCACUGCUAUAAGUCAUAUUGAUGAUUACUGCCAGUCUAUGAGCGAACCGACUGUGAUAAAUUACUAGCUCAGUCAAGUUAAAAACAGAUCUAGCAUCCAGUACAGCAGUAAUUAACGUCGUCCAUUGGAGGGGCCUGCGGCCUAAGAAAUUCGUAAAUGGAUAUGACAUCCGAAAACGUUUCUUUUCAUUUACGCUAGGAAAGACGAGUUUUCGCUUCUGCCAGUCGCCUCAGGCAUUUGUGAGGCAAUUUAAAAAUCAAUUUAAUAAAUGAGAUUCAACUAUUAGUUACACUUCAGAAGAAGAAGAAGAAGAAGAAGAAGAAGAUGAAGAAGAAGAAGAAGAAGAAGAAGAAGAAGAAGAAGAAGAAGAAGAAGAAGAAGCGAACAUUGGAACAAGAAGCUUAUUGA